UAGUUUCUUUCGAGCAUUCAAACAGUGAACAUCAGCAGUACACAAACAAAAUUCAAAAUUCAAUAUAAUUCCAAUGCACGGCCAAUAAUUCUUUUUCUAGAGCACAAACAGUAAAUCUCUAAAAAAAUCAAAUCAAAAUUCAUAAACUUACAAAAUUUCAAUAUCUUUAAAUUUUCCCGUUUACCAUUACCAUUUAUCAACAUCAGGACGAUAUCCUCUUCGUUAAUAUUUCCCGGUCGGUUAUUCAAUAAAAGCAGUCAAUCUACUCUUCAAUCAUGAAACGUGUCAGUGCAUUGUUCCGUCCUGCUGUGAAGUCGUCCAUGAGCUCAGUUAGCCUCUUUUCGGAGGAUGUCUGUGUCGCCCCGGUGCUCAAAAUUCGGCGCAGUGUAAGCCACAGCGUCAUCCAUAGCGUCAACUACUUUGACAAGGAGACCAAUCGUAAUACUCGGAAGAAUCGCUUGACUGGAAGCGACUCAGGGCUCUUCCGGGGCAGGAACAUAAGUGACGCUAACAAGUCCCGUGACGCUGCCCGCGGAACGCCACACACAGAAAUGACGACUGCAACAGAUGAGCAGAAGACAACGGACUACCGAGAAUACGCCCGCUACCGCAACUCGAUCCGUGAGGAGAACAUGUGGCGCGAACCAAGCCACCCAGAGACCAACUGGUUGAAGCCCCGCAGCUCUUCGGCCUACAAGCCGGAUUUUGCCAACACCGAGAACAAUAUCCUAAAGCGGAACUUUAUGCGCAGCCCGGACGAGAAGUCAAAGCAUAUGCUGAACCACGACCUAACCCAGGCCGUGCAGAAGCUGCGCUUUAUCCCUAGCCCUGCCCCAAUGUCGGCCACAGCCCAAGUGGUGCGCCAGGCUGCCGAGGCCUUCAAGUCGCUUCCCAAGGCCUUUGAGAACAAAACCCCCUCUGAAAAGGAAGAGUAGAGCCACAUAAAUUUUAAAAAACUAGGAAUAAUUAAAUCUUGAAUGCAUCUUGAAACAA